UUCAUCUGACAGCUGUACAACCAUCUCCGACACCGUUUCUCUCCGUCGAGACCUUUCCCGAGGCGAUGGGGAACGAAGCCAGCAUGGAAGGGGAGGGACAGGCGGGGCAGCCCGGCUCCGCUGUCCCUGCAGCGGCGGCUCCGGCUUCCAUUUCAGCACCACCGGACUCUGGACAGCUCAUCAAGCCGAGCAAUGGAGCGCCAGCCGGAGGAAGUGGGGCUGGACCCGGGCCGGGGAUUAACAGACCACCUCCGUCAGACCCGGGCCCUAAAGCAGGAGUCCAGAGUGGACAUGGGACAGGCGACAGGUUGGCCUCUCACGAAACCCGUCAACAUGCUGCCCCUCAAGGAGAGCAGGGCCAGGGUCAUGUGGCCAGGAAGAGUCUGCAGGUGGAUGUGGGUAGCAGCAGGACUGGGAGGUCCCCGUCUGUGUCGCCGGAUCGAGGCAGUGUCCCUACCUCCCCUUACUCUGUGCCACAAAUUGCACCCAUGCCCAGCAGCAAACUGUGCCCCGUCUGCAAAACCACCGACCUGAUGGGCACUGGGGAUGACAAGCUGAACUUCAACACCUGCACACAAUGCUGCUCCAUGGUGUGCAACCAGUGUGGCUUCAACCCCAACCCCCACCUCACAGAGGUUCAAGAGUGGCUAUGCCUCAACUGUCAGAUGCAGAGAGCGUUGGGGAUGGACAUGACCACGCCACGCUCCAAGAGUCAGCAACAGAUACACUCUCCUUCUCAUGCAGCCAAACCAGAACUUAAACCUGAUGCUCCGACACAGCCUGCACCCCAGACACAGGUCCCUCCUCAGAUGCAGCCUCCAGUGCAGGUUCAUCCAGCACCUGGCCCCACCAAACAGACUGGUCCAGCUGGCCCAGGUCAGCAACAAGUAAAGCUCCCUCCAGGGGCAGUCCCUCUCCCAGGCAUGGCCAAGGCCCCCUCCCAGCCUGAUCUGUCCCGCAACUCUCCUGCCCACCAACCCCAGCACCCCCGCCAAGACCAGACUCGCAGUGCAGGGAGCUCCCCAUCACGACAGCCCCCACCUCCAGAGCAAACUUUUGGGAAGUUGUUUGGCUUUGGAGCUUCUCUGCUUAACCAGGCCAGCACUCUCAUAUCUGAGACUACUCAACCCCAACAACAGCCCCCAAAACCGGCCCCCAAACCAGCAGGACCUCCUGGUCCAGCGCCUGGGGCAAGUAAACCCUCAGGACCUCAGCCUGCACAGCAAGGGCCUCAAACCCCUGCUCAGCAGCAACAACAGCCCGCUCCCCCGGACUCUAAACCCAAAGCUUGUUGUCCUCUCUGCAAGACAAACCUCAACAUCGGCAACACAGCAGAACCACCAAACUACAACACCUGCACACAGUGCCACCACCAAGUGUGCAACAUGUGUGGGUUCAAUCCCACUCCACACCUGGUUGAGAAGAAAGAAUGGCUGUGCUUAAACUGCCAGACACAGAGGGCUCUGUCAGGAAGCUUGGGAGAUAUUCCAGGUCCUGUUGUACAGCCCAUGGGAUCCCCCCGGCCACCUGCUACAGCCAAUCAACAACCACCUCAACAGAAAGGGCCCAAUCAACUUUCAGGGCCUAGGCCCUCAGGUCCUCAACAACAACAGAAACCACCGGGUCCCCAAGAUUACAACAAAUCAAGUACACAGAGUUUAAGUGACACUGGAUACUCCUCAGAUGGGAUCUCCAGCUCUCAUGGGGAGAUUACAGGCCAGAUCCAGGAAGAAGGAAUCAAACUCAAUGAAAGAGGUGCUUCCAUCCCCUCAGAAAUCACCAAACUAGAGAGCUCCAUGAAGCCUCUACUAGAGUCAAAGACUGCCUCAGACCAGAAGCACAGGCCACAUUCACUGUCUGUAGGAAAGGACCGGGACUACAGUCCUGAUGACGAUGCAGCAAGAGAUGAAUCAGAGGAUGAACUCAGUUGUAAGCUUCGCCAUGAUUAUGUGGAGGACAGCAGUGAAAGUGGUCUGUCCCCAUUGCCAGUAAGGCAGAAGAAGUCACAUAAAGAUUUAACAGAUGAGGAGUUCAUGAGGAGGCAAAUUAUGGAGAUGAGUGCUGAUGAAGAAGAGUUGGAAGAACACGGAAACCAGAAAACUAAAAGGGGACAUAAAACCGGUGGGGAUUUGAGCAAAGAGAGACGACGACUCUCUCACCAUUCUAAUAGUUUUGAGGAUGAAACUAAGACAUCAGAGGGUGCUUAUAAGGCAAAUGAAGAGGAAGAUGUUGUAAUGGCUGGAGGCCUUCGGCGAUUUAAAACCAUUGAGCUGAAUAACACCAACAGCUACAACCGAGACAUGGAGCUUAGUACUGAGCAUGACCUACGAGAACCUGAGCUAGAAAUGGAGAGUCUGACUGGUUCUCCUGAGGAGCGGUCCAAGGGAGAAUAUUCAUCCACCCUACCUGCCACCACUCCCAGCUACACAUCUGGAACAUCCCCAACAUCUGUGUCGUCCAUGGAGGAUGACAGUGACAGCAGCCCUAGUCGUAGGGCAAGACUAGAGGAGGCAAAGCAGCAGAGGAAAGCUCGACAUCGGUCCCAUGGGCCACUGCUGCCCACUAUUGAGGACUCAUCUGAGGAGGAUGAGCUCAGAGAGGAGGAAGAACUACUUAGGGAACAGGAGCAGAUGAGAGACCUAGAACAACAGAGGAUCCGAAGCACUGCUCGAAAAACAAAGAGGGAUAAAGAGGAGCUACGGGCACAGAGGCGCAGGGAAAGAUCCAAAACUCCCCCCAGUAAUCUCUCUCCUAUUGAGGAUGCAUCGCCAACAGAAGAGCUGAGACAGGCUGCAGAGAUGGAGGAGCUUCACAGAUCAUCAUGUUCUGAAUACUCACCAUCUAUGGACUCAGAGGCAGAAGGCUUUGAAAUGAUUAGUGGAAAGCUUUACAAAUCAGGAAAUGAAUACAACCUUCCAACCUUCACAUCCCUCUACUCUCCUACAGAAAAGACAUCAGCAAUGUCACCCUCUGAUAAAACACUAAAAAGUGCAGAGGAGGUCUAUGAGGAGAUGAUGAAGAAGGCGCAGCUCAUGCAGAGGCAAGGACAAACAGUUCAUCAGCAGAUUGGUGCCCCUCAGCCUGACAGUAAACAUCAUCUUGAAGCAGGAACUGUUCUAACCCCCGGCUCAAGCCCAACACAGGUUACUGCACCUAUGUCCUUCUCCACAACAGGCAGUGAUCCAAGAAUUUCAGGAAUUCAUGCAGCACAGCAUCUAUCAAAAGAAACACAAAAUAGGAUGAUGACACAGAGUGCCAAAAUUGAAGGUGUUGUUGGAGUUGCCACAACCAAAGCCCAAGUCAGUCAAACUGCCGCAACUCGACAGGCUGGUAGCACAGUGCCUGCCAGCAACAGAACAGGCUCCCAGAGGCCAACAAAGGCAUCACCUGACCCUGGAGCAUCCUCCCUAACCUCCAAAGUUUUCUCCCUUUUCAAAGGUCCCAGCCCCCCAGUCUCCCCCACCACUUCUCCGGCACAAAGCCCAACGCAUAUGCCGUCCGUGAGACCCACUGGUAGUAGUGCCAGGCAGCUGCCAUCUUUGCCUGGUGGUCCUACAUCGGCUGCAGCAUCCCAAGGAGCCCAGGCAUCUCAAAGGGCAAUGUCACCACGUCUUACACGACAACAGUCCUCUCAAGAUUCACCUGUGAUGGUGAUAACAUUAGGCUCUGAUACAACUAGCCCUGCCAAGCCACUUACUGUAAAUUCAUCCACUUCCCCUUUGUCAUCACCAACACAAAUCAGCUGUAAAACCUUGUAUAGCUCCCAGCCCCCUUCGACAAGUUCCCCAACGUCACCACAAAUGCAUCCUUUACAACAGUCUCCUAAACAUUCUUCACAGAUGGCUCAAAAUGUUGAAAAAGUAAAUGUUGGUAUUAGCACCGUGACCACAACUGCACAUAGUCGUGGAUCUAUGGAAAAUAUAUCUCUGUGUAAAAUCUCAAAUAUUCCAGGCACUUCAAAAGUUGUGGGUCAGGGCCAAACACAUCCAAGCACUAAUGUGGUGGAUCUGAGAGCCCCAUUGAGGCCAGCUCCAAUUAUAAUGACAGACCAAGGGAUGGACCUAACAUCCCUUGCCUCUGACACAAGAAGAUACUCUUUAGGAGCAGAGCAGCCAUCUGGUCGACACACAGCAGUGCAACCUCUUAUUAUGAACCUUAAUGCACAAGAGCAACCACACAUAUCUAUGACAACACCGACCACAGUUAGCAUCACAGUUGCAGGUUCGAUGUUCAUGUCCCAACCCAAGCAGCCAAUUGUGUAUGGAGAUCCUUUGCAAAACCGUGUGGAUUAUGGGCAGGGUGUUGGAUCAGCUGUGUGUUUAACCCAGAGUAAGCCACCAGUUACUGACCCUUCUAUUCCGAAAAUUGAUGCCUGCCUGGAAAACCUGGGUAUACAACAGCAACAACUGCAGUUACAGCAGCAGAAGCUCCUGCAGCAGCAACAACUUCUUGAGCAGCAGCUCCAGCAGCACCAACAGCAAUCCUCUUUUGCUCGUUACAAUUUAGCUAAUCAGGUCCAGCCACUGCUGAUGAAAAAAGAUCUUGUAGUGAGCCAAACAAGCAGUGCCCAGCCUGUAGUGACUGCUAGUGCCAUUCCCAGAGUAUCCCCCCUGGCUCCACCGACAGUUUCUGGGGGUCCUGCUUCUAAUGCAACUCAUGAAAUCUAUGGUGGAGUUGCCUUGGAGCUAAAAAACAAGCCAACCGUAAUGAAUUUAUCCACAUGUAAACCACAUGUUAUGAUGGUGCAACUUGAUGAGAGUAGCACAUCACAGGAGGGCACAGUCACUCAACUGGUAAAGAGAGAGGAACCUCCUCCCCCUCCUCAGGUCUUAGAUCUCACUGGACAGAUCAAACCAGAAAACCAGGUGGCUUGUUGUGAUGUUGUUUACAAAUUGCCCUUUGCUGGUUCCUGUUCAGGGUCAUUCACCCAGAAGCCUACAGCAGCAUCCUCAGAUAAAACCCCCACCACUGAAACAUCUCAAGCCGUCCACCCUCCCCAUCCACCACACUACAAUGUCAGCCAACAACAACACCAGCCCCAAGCUACACAAGGAGUGACAGAGGAACAUAAACAAUAUCAACCACCCAUAGUCUUCUCAGGAAGAAUACAGCCCUCCAUGUCUGAUACUAAUCUGCCUUCCAUGACUGAUGCUAGUCACUAUCAGAGUAAUGUCCAGGGGGGUCUGGCAGUAGAUCUUAGCAACAUGAAUCAGGCAUAUGAUGGUGGAUACCUUGGCAUGGGAGCACAGUAUGGAUCUUACACAGACUUGCGUCACCAAGGAGAUUUUGCAGCCCCAUCAUUACCCCUUCGUCGAUAUGGCUCCAUGUCAAACAUAAAUUCAGAAUAUGCCUACAGCUCACGUGACCUAGCAGGAUCACAGGACUCCAGUCUGGCUCAGUACAGUGCAACCACCGCGAGGGAAAUCAGUCGCAUGUGUGCAGCUCUUAACUCUGUGGACCAGUUUGGAAGCCGGUAUGGAACUAACCCUGAACUUGUACCAUAUGGGGCUGGAAGGGGUGGAACUUUAGCUAGGCUAAAUCUUCAGCAAAGCUUAGCGUCAAUAAGAGCAAACCUACUGUAUGGUCCAGAUGGAAGACCAACUGCAAAUGGCCAAACGCUAACAAACCUGAUAAAUGCUAGACAAGCAAGUAUACGCGCCUUGUACCCUGCUGCUAUGAGAGGAGGUGAUGGCAUGAUAUAUUCCACCAUAAACACUCCCAUAGCCUCUACUUUGCCAAUUACCACCCAGCCUUCCUCUGUCAUGCGUCCCAUGCCUAGAGGAAUUUACAGACCAUACCCUACAGGUGUAACUGCUGUACCAUUGGCUAGCCUCACUAGGUUGCCUCAAUUGACUCCCAGAAUGCCUCUGUCCACACAGGGACAAUAUCCCUACCCUCCUCCAAACCAGUAUACAACUUCAGGCACACCAUCAGGAAGUGUGCCUGAUGCAAGCAGCUCACAUCAGGAAACCCCUGUAUACCUUGGAAAGCCUUUAACAACAGUUGCUGCGCAAACGGCUGCAACCAUUCCACCAACCCAACCUGCAGCACAAUUAGGAAUACAAAGUAUACCGGCAACUGGUAUGCAAACCACGGCAGAUCAGCAGACAGACCGUAGUCAACUCACCUCACAGAGUGUUUCUUCUUUCUCUCAACCUCAAGGCCAACCUCCAACUGUCCAGCCAGUGCAGGCUCAAAUGCAGCCACAACAGUUACCUACUCAAACUGAACCUUUAUCUUUGACUCAAAUCCAACCACAAGUUCAACCGAUCAGUCAGCCUCAACCAUUAGGUCUGCCACAGGGCCAGCCGCAAGCAACACCCCACAGUACUGCCCUAGCACAGAGUUCCAAACUUUCUCCUCCCAUAGAUGCCCAGAAAGGUAAGGAAGAUGAUAGACUAAGUCAGCAACAAGAGCACAUGCUGCAGCUAGAGCGAGAGCGUGUUGAACUGGAGAAAUUCCGACAGCUGCGUCUACAAGAGGAGCUUGAAAGGGAUCGUAUGGAGCUUCAGCGACACAGAGAAAAAGAACAACUACUCGUUCAGCGUGAGAUUCAAGAACUUCAGACAAUCAAACACCAAGUCAUACAGCAACAGCAAGCAGAGCGGGAGACACAGCUCAUUAUGCAAAGAGAACAACUGGCCCAGCAGAGAAUGCAGCUUGAACAAAUUCAGUCUCUGCAACAGCAGCUCCAGCAGCAGUUAGAGGAGCAGAAAAGGCAAAAGACAGCAGCAGUGGAGGCAGCAGCUGCUGCUGCUGCAGCAGAGGCAGCUGCCGCAUCAGCAGCAGUGGCAGCAGCAGCAACGUCUGCCCAGGGUGCUAUACAAGGGGUAGUUGUUGGAGGAGGGCCCCCUCAAGGGUUUAUUAUCUGUGACCAGAGUGGUAGAGUUAUUCAACAAGAUGGACAGAGUGUUCAGUUUUGGCAAGAUGGACAAGUGGUCCAAGCCGUGGUGGCUGCUCGACCUAUUCAUAGUUCUGCCUCUGAAAUGUCUUUGAGAAGCAGUGACAAACAGGCUGAUUCCAAGAUUAUGAAAAAGCAGAAUUCCAUGCCUCGGCUGAGGGAUGGUACAGAGGAGGACUCUGUGAAGAGGAUUACAGACAGCUGUGUGCAAACAGACGAUGAAGAUGGAGAGGACAGAUUCAUGAACAGGCGUAGAAGAACAAGGCGUAUUGCGGACUGCAGUGUGCAGACUGAUGAGGAGGACCAGGGAGAAUGGGACCAGCAACCAGUAAGGCGCAGGAGAUCACGUGUAUCCAAGCACUCUGAAUCCAGUGGCGAGGCUAAAUCAGAAGGAUCAUCUAAAGUGGCUUCUGCAAGUAUAGCUAUUCAGACCACCAAUGAUUCGUCAUGCCAAACAGAGCCUGACCAAUUAGGCAGGAUUUCACCUGCGAUCCACAUUACCAUGGCAGAGACCUCAAAGGUUGACCUAUUACAUUACAUAGCAGCCCCUGAAAGGACCCACAAAGGAGAGAGUCUGGCCUGCCAGACAGAACCAGAAUCUCAGUCUCAUGGUGUGGUUGCCCCUCAGCUGAGUGUCCCUACAACUAUCAGUCCAUACUCCACAAGUCUGCAUAUGGUAGGUGCGAACACAUCUGACCCAACCUCUCCAAGACUCCAAGGAGUUGCCAAGUUUGAGAGGAGGAAACCAGACCCCCUUGAAAUAGGCUAUCAGCAGCAACAAAAUGAGUCUCCAUCUCGCCAGCCCCCAAAAUCUCCCCAGGUGCUAUACUCCCCUGUAUCUCCCUUGUCUCCUCAUCGCAUGCUGGAGACAACAUUUGCCUCCCAGGAGAAACUUAACAAGGCCCAUGUUACACCCCAGCAGAAAUCCUUUACUGCUGAAUCACCCCAACGCCACCAGACCUUACCAAGACCCAUAAAAAGUGUGCAGCGCUCCAUGUCGGAUCCGAAGCCUCUCAGCCCCACAUCAGAAGACCCUGCCAAGAACAGGUUUUCCCCAUAUCAUCAGCAAGCUCUUUCCAACAGUCAGAUGGCCUCCCUGCAGCAGCAGCAGAACUCUCUGAUGAGGAAAGUAAAGAGGACUCUCCCCAGUCCCCCUCCAGAGGAGACUCCGCUCCCCAUUGUUACUCCAGCACAAAUGUACAGCUCUCCUGGCAUGCCCCAGAGGGUCUUACCCAGACCUUCCCAAGGAGUCACCAAGGCUGGCCUGCUGAGUGAACUGAAAGCUGUGGAACAAGAGUCGUCGAAGCUCCGUAAGCAGCAGGCUGAACUGGAGGAAGAAGAGAAAGAGAUUGAUGCCAAGCUACGUUACUUGGAGCUAGGCAUCACCCAACGUAAAGAGACCAUGGUGAAGGAGAGGGAGAGGAGAGAGAUAGCUUACCUGAGAUGUAUGGGUGAUGCUCGGGACUACAUGUCAGACAGUGAGCUCAAUAAUCUCAGGAUGGCAGCUGCAACAGGAACCUUUGAUUCCAACGGUCUGCUAACAAGGCCCAACACUGCACCAUUGAGCCAAUUUACUAAUGACCUCAAUUCAACCUCCCAGUAUCCCUCAACCUCAUCCUAUAUGUCUUAUCCAUACCCUCAAAGUCAACCAUCAACACAGCAACCAAGUUCUGCUUAUCAACAGAUAGGUUUCCAACCUCCUCAGUACCCUUCAUCCUCUGCACCCCAGCCAGGAACAUUCCAGCCCCAUCCCCCACCAGGACCUGGCUACCAGAAUCAGGGAACCUAUUCCUCCCGCAUGUAUGCCCAGUCCUCCUACCAGCCAGACCUUGGCAUGCAGCAGCAUGGUCUUCAGGGUUUCCAUCCACCUGGUCAGCCUAUGCCAGGGCAGAGCCUUCCUUACCCGAGCCAUAGCUCCUACCAACCUGUUCUCUCCUACCAGCCCCAGGCAGAGAUCCUUACAGUCCAUCAAAGACCGCGGCAAACCUCUUUGGCUGACCUCGAGCAAAAACUCCCCACCAACUAUGAGGUCAUCAGCAACCCGGCAGUGUCUGUGGCCACAUCAGCUCCAGAUACCAACUUUGGUUCAGUCUACAGCAAUGCGUAUGGACAAUACCGCCCCCCUGAGCCUGGCCUGUCUCACUCUGUAGAGAGCCCCACCUCUGCUUAUGCUUCAGAUGGACUCUACACCUCUAACCUGGAGCAGAAUAUUCCUCGGAACUAUGUCAUGAUUGAUGACAUCAGUGAGUUGACAAAAGACAACACUAGCCAACCUACUGAUGCUCUAGGCCAUCCUGUGGGAGGGCGGUAUCGCAGUGAGAAUGGUCCCGCACGUGGGAGUGCCUAUGGUAGGCCUGAAGAUGAGCCUGUGGAUGCUUAUGGCAGACCAACAGGCACAACUGGUUACCAAAGUACAGCGGACGGUCGCACCAGCACCACAGUGAGUGGAGGCUCUUCCUAUUACUAUGAUGAUUAUAAACACACAUCACGAAGCAGCUCCAGUAGCCACAAACUCACUCCCAAGAAUCUCGCCCCUGCAGUAGUCUCAUCUAAACGUAGUAAGCACAGGAAGCAGGGAAUGGAGCAAAAGAUUUCCAAAUUCUCCCCUAUUGAGGAAGCACGGGAUGUGGAGUCUGACCUUGCCUCUUACACAAUGACGACAUCAACAGGAGGGAGCUGUACUGUUGUGUCCAGAUCCAAGAAGCUUCAGGAUGAUGUCACCUAUGGGAUGAAGAAGAAUGCAUAUGACCAGCAGAAAUAUUACGGCACCAGUCGUGAGGGUCUUGAGGAGGACGACCGCAUGUACAGCUCUGGUAGGUCCAGGUCUACUGGAUAUGGUAUGGACAAGAUUUCAUCCAGAGAUGCCACAGGCCAUAGAAGUAAAUCCUACGAGAGGGAUGCCAUGGAGCGGUCUCAGAGAAGCAGCCGCGGAAGACCCCCUAUGCGUAGCCAGAAUUCAGAAGAGGAGAGCCCACUCAGUCCUGUUGGGAAGCCCGUAGGCAUGGGAAGAGGCUCUGUCAUACCAGACGCCCAUGAUGUAAGGAACCAGUAUGGCUCCAGUCACUCAUUGCCAGAUGUGCAGGACCAUCACAAGAAGGACCUUCCCAGAAGUCAUGUCUAUAAACCAGACGACUCUUACCUCGUAGAUGACAUGCACUGUGCUGUUUCUGACAGUGAAGCCUAUCAUUUGGGCCAAGAGGAGACUGAUUGGUUUGAGAAGCCACGGGAGGCCCGUUCUGAUCGCUCAAGACAUCAUGGAAGUGGAAGUCACUCAUCCACAGGUAGGCGUAGUAAACACACCUACCAUGAUUAUGACGAACCUCCAGAGGAAUACUGUCCCCCUGAUGAGUACAACCAACAACGGCACCCCUCCUCCACAUCAUCACGGGACCACCGUCACCACGGCAGCAGCUCUGGCAGACACAGCUCUUCUCGCCACUCCUCAGAGGAUCCUAGGUCCUCCCGUUCUUCCAGGACACACCCCAAAGACCCACCUGGCCGCUCUGAUGGCAGAAACUCCUCAUCUACACAAAGAAGGAGCGGUCCAGACUCCCGUUCCGCCCAGGAAAGCCCCCGGAACUCAGGUGACUUCUCUCGAGACUCUGGUCUUCACCACGGCACCGGAGGACGGAGCCAGAGACCCCAAGGAGAUCGCACAGCCUCCAGGAGGCAGGAGCCCUCUCCAGCAGGGCCUAAACCACAGCAGCAGCCUCCUCAGGGCCAUGCUGGGCAGCAGCGGUCUGGUGGUCAGGGUCAAUCUGGGAGACAUCUAGGACCUGAACCACUCGAUGGUACCCAGCAGGCCCAGCAACAGCAUCACCAGAGUACACAACAGCAGCAGCAGCAACCACAGCAGCACAGUCAGACCCCUCAGAGCAACCAACCUACAACAACUGCAGGAGUUGGACCUGCACAGCAGCAGCCCAAAUCCAGCCAAGUGCCACCACAGGGACGGCAGCCAGGAGUAGGAUCUGCAGCUGGGCAGCCUGCUACCACAGUCGCUAAAAUGGAUACUACACCUGCAGCAGCAGCCACAGGAAUGAAACCUACAACAGGAGUCCCUGUAGGAGCACCACAGCCUACCAAAAUAGCUACACCCCCUCUAACAGGCAUUGGAUCCAAGGCUGCGCCUGUUGGGAUAGGUAGUAAACCUGUAGGUAUAGGCAGCGCUGCAGCAGGACAGGCACCCGCUGAAGGGGAAAAUGUUCUCACCAAAAUCCUGCAAGGAGGGGCAGCAGAGCAGGCGGGAAAACUGGGAGACGCUUUGACUGGCCUUGGGAAGAAGUUCACUUCAUUUUGGUGAACUCAAGAGAAGAGGGGUGUGCAGGGUUGAAAUGAGAUGGAUUGGUAGCUUUGUUCUUGAAAAACCUAUGAAACUGCAUUAAAUACAUUUCACAUUACAGAGGACAUAGAGGAAGAGAGAUCCUGAGUGCAUCAAGCUGGAAUCAAAGGAUGCCUUGUCAGCACUGAAUUCCCCAGACAUGGGCGCACGAUUGAAGUGAAUUAAAUAAGGGUGAAUGCUUUGUCAGCAUAGUGUUACAAGACAUGAGCAGAGCACUGAAGAGGCCUAAAAGUAAGUGGAUGCCUUGACAGAACUACAGCCCCAGAAUAAUGAUUGUGGAGAUGUCUGAUGCCUCAUUAGGCCAAUGGUAAGUAACUAAAAGCCAUUCACAUACAUCUGUGUGUGUGUACAUGUGUAUGUGGUCAUGUAUGUAUGUUUGUGUUGCUAGAUUAUGGGCUGGCUGAAUUCAUCUUUGUUGUUGGUUUCACUUUUGUUUGCUUCAGCAUUGUAUUUCAUUGGUUCAAUGCUGUGUCAGGUCAGGUAAUUAAAGUCACAGUCCGCUUUAACUUUCUGCUGCAUAGGUGAAAGGCCAAAGCCAAGAACAAGGGAGGUUGGAGCUAGUACGGUUUACCUUUUGACUCCACAAAUGUCCAAUAAUCUGGGCCAAGCAUGCUGGGCUAUACUUAGCCUGAGAAGGCUAACUGUGACUUUGCUUUAAUGUCACACACACAAAGACACACAGAGACAAGAGCGCAUGCAGGCACACAGAAUCGUGACUCAUGGUAAGCAUCACUCAUUACAUGGUAGAAGGAGCUAAUGUACUAAUUCUGCUCAAUGGAGCAGAACUACAGAAGCGCAAAUAAAGCAGAUUUCAAUGCACUUAAUCUAGCGCACAUGCUGUGACUUUGAUAGGAUGAAAUUGCGGCUCAUUUGAAUGAAGGCUGUCUACGCUACUACACUUGAAGUGUAAUCAUCUCUGUGUCAGUGGCCAGUCUCAGGACUCACAGACAGAGGGGGAAUGUGGACAUAAACCCGACUCAGUACUUCUUUGAGCAGCAGGCCAGCCUUCUCAGCCCAGUGGAUUAUUGCUGAUACCAGCAGGCCUGUGAUUGGCUGGAGUAUUAUGGAACGUAAAGGAGAGUCUGGUCUGGAGAAUUUGAUAUUGUGCAUUAACAAUUAAUUUAUUUCUGCUAACAUUCACAUCUUCACUGUCUUUAUUUCAGGAGCACAACAACGGCCAAUAAUGAGGAUGUAGUGAAGCGGAAAAGAGAGGGGGAUGGGAGACUCUAGUGCUCCUUCCCCUUCUCUCCUAGAGAACGCCUCCUGGGAUCUGUGUGACAGUAAAAGGCCUGCUAACUGAAGCACCUGGAUAUCAUGGGAGAAAUUCAACGUGUUCGGUGGUGCAUGUCUCUUCUUUCAAACAGCUCAAUAAAGGAAGCCUCACAUCGCCCUCUACAGGGGUUUUAAUCGAACACCACUCAUGUCUGAGGAGUGCACAUCUGGCAAGAAUAUUUGAUUCUACAUUGAUUUCUUCAGAGCCUUUUAAUGCAAAACACUGAAAAAAGAAGAAGACAGAUUUUCAUAGGUUUUCCUUGUACCAAAGAUACCGAUCAUAGCCUACAAUGACACCACAUACCUGGAGUAGACGAGGUGUAUCACAGCAAUGACAACCAACCUGAUGACUCCACCACAAUCCUUGAAUGCUUGGUUUCUUUGAUCUCUACAGUACAUUCCAGUAUAGGGAAUUUGACCCUUUCUUUGAAUGUUUUUUAAUUUAGCUCUUUUUGUUUUUAUGUCUACUGAAUGCUUUGUGUAAACGUGGACAUGAGAAUGCACGCACUAAUAAUUCAAAAACGGAAAAAAAAAGAAGCCCAUAUCAGAACUUUUUCACCACCUAUGAGAUGCCACUAGUCAUUAGCUGUAGGUUUUUAGGGAAUGGAAUUACUACCAGUGUGCCCACAAGUGUGAGAUUCACACAGAUGAGAGGACCAAAUGAAGGAGUGGCCACGGCUCUUUAUUAGCCAUCACAAAGCCAUCGUUAUAGUGAGACCCAGAGCUGACACGCUCUCUGGGGCUGACUAUAAAAAGGAUAAAAUCCCAGAAGGGACUUUAUUCUUUUUAUUGAUUUGUCUCAUCUUUUAGUUUCUUUUCAUUUUUGCCUGAUAUUCACUGAAUGGAAGAGCCUUAUUCAGUACACGUUUUUACUUGUAUACCUCACAUGUUUUAAAAUGUCCAUGUCAUCAUGUAUUUCUUUUUACACAACUGUAUACUAUUGUAUGUACA